UUUGGUCUGACCCCUCAGCUCCCUCAGUUCUUCAAAGUGCUCGUUGACUGUGUGUAAGCAGGGCAUCUCUCUGCCAAAAGCUCCAGCGCCUUAGGUUGAUGUUUUACAGGAUCCAGAGUAUCAUUUCAAAACCACUAUUUCAGUCUCUGAGGCAGCCCUUUCUGUUACGAAAUUCCCGAAAACUGACCUCCAAAAUGUCUUUCCAGUAUCCACAGGCUUACCGUGACGAUGCAGUUGUGGACGGAUAUCACGGCUGCAAAGUACCAGAUCCAUACAGCUGGCUGGAGGACCCGGACAGUGAGAAGACACAGGCCUUCGUCACUGCUCAGAACCAGCUCACGUUGCCAUAUCUAGAGCAGUGUGAGGUGCGAGACCUGUUCAAGGAGCGCAUGACUGAGCUGUAUGAUUACCCCAAGUACAGCUGUCCCUUCAAGAGAGGGAACAGGUACUUUCACUUCUACAACACGGGCCUCCAAAACCAGAGUGUGAUGUACCUGCAGGAGAGCCUGGAUGCUGAGCCCACAGUCUUCUUAGAUCCAAACACAUUUUCUGAUGAUGGGACUGUUGCCCUGCGAGGCUACGCAUUCUCUGAGGACGGGGAGUACCUGGCGUACGGCACCAGUGCCAGUGGUUCGGACUGGGUGGAGAUCCGCUUCCUGCGGGUUGAAGGCGCCAAGCCUCUGGAGGACCGCCUGGAGCGAGUCAAGUUUAGCUGCAUGUCCUGGACUCACGAUGGGAAGGGACUUUUCUACAACUCCUACCCUCAGCAGAAGGGCAAGAGUGAUGGUACUGAGACCUCCACCAACCUGCACCAGAAGUUAUACUUCCAUGUUCUGGGGACUCCGCAGUCUGAGGACGUGCUGUGCGCCGAAUUCCCCGAGCACCCCAAAUGGAUGGGUGGAGCUGAGGUAUCAGAUGAUGGACGCUACUUGCUGCUGUCCAUCAGGGAAGGUUGUGAUCCGGUCAACAGACUUUGGUAUUGUGACCUUCAGAUCACUCCGCAGGGUAUUACAGGACUUUUGCCAUGGGUGAAGCUCAUCGACAACUUUGACGCCGAGUACGAGUACGUGACCAACGAGGGCACGUUGUUCACAUUCAAGACCAACCUGGACGCCCCACGUUACCGCCUCAUCAACAUCGACUUUGCCUCUCCAGCUCAGAGCAACUGGAAAGAGCUGAUCCCUCAACACGACAAGGAUGUUAUUGUGUUCGCCACCUGUACGCACUCCAGCUACCUGUUUGUGUGUUUCCUCCACGACGUGAAGAAUGUGUUGAAAAUGUACCGCCUGAGCUCGGGGGAGGAGCUGAGGACCUUCCCUCUGGACGUCGGCUCCGUGGUGGGUUUCACGGGACGGAAGAGGGACUCUGAGAUCUUCUACUAUUUCACCUCCUUCCUCUCCCCAGCCAUCAUUUACCACUGCGACCUGACUAAGGACCCGCUGCAGCCGCACAUCUUCAGAGAGGUCACCGUCAAAGGCUUCAGCCCCUCGGACUACCAGACCACCCAGAUCUUCUAUCCCUCCAAGGAUGGCACUGAAAUCCCCAUGUUCAUCGUUCACAAGAAAGGCAUCAAAUUGGACGGCUCCCAUCCAGGUUUUCUAUACGGCUACGGUGGCUUUAACAUCUCCAUCACGCCAAGCUACAGCGUCUCCCGUCUCAUCUUUGUCGGACAUCUGGGGGGAGUCCUGGCCGUUGCCAACAUCCGAGGAGGAGGAGAGUACGGGGAGACCUGGCACAAAGCUGGCAUGUUGGCCAACAAGCAGAACUGCUUCACAGACUUCCAGUGUGCAGCCGAAUAUCUCGUCAAGGAGGGUUACACUUCUCCUUCCAAGCUGACUAUUAAUGGAGGCUCCAACGGUGGCCUGCUUGUAGCGGCCUGCGUGAACCAGCGGCCCGAGCUGUUCGGCUGCGCCGUUGCUCAGGUCGGCGUCAUGGACAUGCUGAAAUUCCACAAGUUCACCAUCGGCCACGCCUGGACCACAGACUUUGGCUGUUCUGAAGACAAAGGGCAGUAUGAUUGUCUCAUGAAAUACUCCCCGCUCCAUAACAUCCGCAUCCCAGAAGGCAACGGGGUGCAGUACCCUGCGGUCCUCCUCCUGACCGGGGACCACGACGACCGGGUGGUGCCUCUCCACUCCCUCAAAUACAUCGCCACCCUGCAGCACAUCGUGGGCCGCAGCACCAAGCAGACAAACCCUCUGUUCAUCCUCGUGGACACAAAGUCUGGCCACGGCGCCGGCAAACCCACCAGUAAGGUCAUCCAGGAGGUGGCUGACACCUACGCCUUCAUCGCUCGCUGUCUCAACAUCUCCUGGGUCAAAUAAGAUGCGGCUCGUAUUAAAGUGUGUGUGUGUUUUUUGUUUUCUUCCUUUUCACUCCAAAUCCUCUUAUUGGAAUCCUGUUCAUAGCAGCUGUUCACACGUUCUGUGUAACUUCACACGUUCUGUGUAACUUCACACCAACGCAGUACCGGAUCUUUUCACUCACGUUUACCCGGCUACCAUUACAACAUGUUACAACCCCCUCUCCCCCCCCCCCCCCUCCCUCAGUGUGAUGCUGUGACAGACUCAUCAGGGUCUGCACCUGCACACAACUAUAAGCCAACAGGCAGCACCUCAAAGCUAACGUACCCUCUCCUGUAGGCCAUGUUUGUAGUCCUAACGAAACACAGAAUGACUACGCUAUCAGGUGUGUAAAGGGAAGGGGGUACCGUCACCGUUACAGUAAUCAGCCAAUCAGCAGUUAGUCAUGAGGUACAAGUGGGGACAAAAAACUUUAUUUGGAGAUAAUUUCUACAUCCUCUGCACGCUUCAACAUGGUGCAUAUUAUUUAUUUUACGUUUGUGCACAGAAUGGAAGCUGUGGGAUGUUGAGUGACUCCAGCAUGUACAAGUAAAGUGCAAAUGAUGACACCGCAAGCCCACUGUGUGUGUGUGUGUGUGUGUGUGUGUGUGUGUGUGUGUGUGUGUGUGUGUGUGAGAGAGUGUGUGUGUGUGUUCAAAUGUCAGUCCCCACAUUGUUUUCAGACUGAUGAUUUCUACCUCUUGACAUGUGCUGAUUGUUUGCCUUUUUAAAGGGAACAAAACACAAUGCCACAACUACAAUAAACAACUUUUUAAACAGUGA